AGAUUUCCUCUAAGAUGUAAGCAAAUUUCAACCAGUCCACGUAGAGAUAUGGGUUCCAGAGUAAGAGAUACUGUGCGCUAUCUGUUUGAGCUGUUUUGUGAGGUAUCACCUGGUGACCACACAAGAGAUCCAUAUAUUAUUAGAAAGUAUCCAGAGACUUAUAGAAAUGAAGAAGAACUGAAAAAUAUACCAAAAUUCACAUUCCCAUGCCAAUUAGAAAACACAUUUGUUCAACACUACUCUUUUGUUCUGACUUCUGUAGACUCUAAGUAUACAUUCUGUUUUUGUCGAUAUGAUCCCAAGGCAAAUACAGCAUUGGUUCUCUUAUCACAUUUACCAUGGCAUGAUAUAUUUUACAAACUCUUGAGCAGUAUAGCUGCUCUCUUGAACAGUCCUGAGAAAGGAGAGUUGAUCUCAUUUUUAGAAGCAUGUAGAAUUAGGCCCCCCAUGCCUGGCCACACAUUAAAAGUAACAUACAAUGCAGGGCACAGUGUUUUCUCUUGUCAAAGCCCAGACACUAAGUUACCGAGUAUUCCUGAAAAUUGCAAUCUCACGGAGUACUUUAGCGCGUUGGAUGCAAAAUGUAUGGCGGGGUUGUGGGCGGCUUUGUUACACGAGCGGCGGGUGGCAGUCGUCGCUUCGAAGCCGUCGCGCCUAUCAGCAUGCGUGCAGGCAGCGAACGCCACUCUCUUCCCAAUGUCAUGGCAGCACAUAUUUAUACCAAUAUUACCUAAACAUUUAGUCGAUUACCUUCUUGCCCCGAUGCCUUUCCUCAUAGGAGUUCCUAGAAGUGUAAUGGAGACGGUGAGGAUGUCCGAAAUAGGAGAUGUUGUCAUUGUAGAUGUCGACGCUAAUGAUUUAAGGACUCCUUUCCAUGAUUUAGAAAGUCUUCCACCGGAUUUAGUAACGAGUUUAAAAAAAGCAUUAAGUGAUAAAAAUGCUCUUGGCGAUGCUGUAUCUAGAGCAUUUUUGCGAGCAUUAGUAUGUUUGAUUGGUGGAUAUCGUGAUGCUAUUAAAAUUGAAAACGGGCAACUUAUCACAUUUAAUCCCGAGGCUUUUGUGAGGACUAGAAAAAAUAUGCAACCCUUUUUAAGAAAAAUACUCCAGUCACAAAUAUUUCAACAGUUUAUUGACGAAAGGUUGGAACUCCUCAAUUCUGGACGAGGUUUCAACGACGAAUUCGAAGUGGAGUGCAAUAAUUACGCGGACAAGUUGAACACGGGCAGUGGCCAAAAAUUAAAACAACAAUACAGAGAUUGGGCUAAGACUGUCAAAAAGGAAGGCGGCGCCUUCUUCAAAACUGUCAAAGAUAAGGCAAACCCAGCAGUACAAUCGGCUGUGAAAACGGUCAGGAAAGGCGGUAAAAAUAUGAAAUCAGCCGUAAAAGGGCUGAAAAAUAAGAUACCGCGAACUGGCUCGAGACCUUCAUCAAUUAACACAACUGACGAUAGCAGAUUCUCGUGUGGGUCGGCGACGCCCGUGUCGUCCGACUCGUCGGACUCGUCGCCGUCGCACGAAGCGCCCGCGUCCGCGCGCGAGCCGCCCCCCGCUCUGCCCCUAGACCUACUCACCGAGAUGGAGUUCCUAUUCGCUAACAAACACACGCAGCGCCGCGAUAGCGUACCCAACAGUUCGCACAAUUCCGAUUUAAGUUUGCCAGACAAAUCUAAAACUAUGUCACCAUGCCUCCCACCCCGGUUACCGGAACGUCCCCAACUCCCACUCCGUUACCCAAUCAUUUCCACGAGGAAACUAAUCGAUCUGUCAGAUGCUCCGACACCGCCACCGCGGUCGAUUAACGCGACGAACCACACUAUGCACUUUAUCAGUAAUAUCACAAAAAACGACACAACGCCGGAGAAAGACUUCCACACGAGCACGAUACGAUUCACAGAAGGCAAGGACAAGGCCAAGUUAAAGCUCACCAUUUCGUCGAACCAGAGAAAGGUGCCCCAAGCGAAUGCGCCGUUGCUCUCCAAAAGCAGCGCGCCGAUAAACUCGGCAUCCUCUCUAGGAGUUAGGCAGAGCCAAGUGAGUCGCUUAACGAGACCGGUCGUCCGACCCGUUGUCAACAUAUCUCCAAAAGGGAAAGUUCAAGAGUCGUGUGGCUCGGUUUCUGAUCUCAUUAAACUGGAUGAUUCGCCGACUAACUUAGAAGACUUUGAUCCGCUGAAGUGUCGUGACAAAAAAAAAGUUGACCAAAUCAAAUCGUCUACAGACAGUGCUCUCUUACACGAAUACGGUCUAGAUUUUAGUCAAUUCGGCCUGUUAGAUUAUACACCUAGCUCUUCGAGUACAAGGCAAGAGACCUCAUCUAGUGUCCCAAAAGGCUGGACAACGUUCAAUUAA